AUGGAGGUAAAGAAAAAGGGUGUUUCGAGAUUGAGGUUAUGGAUUUCAGAUAUGGUAUUUUUUCCUUUAUAUGUACGUGCAGAGGAAAGAAACUAUGAUGAAAAAGAUAAUUUAAAUGAAAAAAAGAGGGAAAAAAAUGAUGAAUAUGAUGAUAACGAUAUGGAUCCUGAAGAUAUUAUGCCACAAAUUCAAGAAGAAUGUUCAAAUACAAGAAAAUGUGCACCUUUAAAACAUCAUUAUAACGAAUGUCAGGAGCGUGUUUCUUCUGUUAUUAAUGAGUCAGGAAAAAAAAAAUCAGAUAAUGAAAAUUGUAUUGAAGAAAUGUUUCAUAUGUAA